AAUUGGGGCAUGAGUGUAGAAGAGGGGGGUGUACCAGGCCUUGGCCGUCAUAGGCAGGCCCGUUGGACCCUGAUGCUACUCCUGUCCACUGCUAUGUAUGGUGCCCAUGCUCCAUUGUUGGCACUGUGCCAUGUGAAUGGCCGAAUACCUUUCCAUCCCUCCUCAGCUGUGCUGCUCACUGAGCUGACCAAGUUACUGUUAUGCGCCUUGUCCCUCUUGGUGGGAUGGCAAGCAUGGCCCGCAGGGGGCCCACCCUGGCGUCAAGCUGCUCCUUUUGCACUAUCAGCCCUGCUCUAUGGCGCCAACAACAACCUCGUGAUCUAUCUACAACGUUAUAUGGACCCCAGCACCUACCAGGUACUAAGCAAUCUCAAGAUUGGAAGCACAGCCCUAUUGUACUGCCUCUGCCUCCAGCACCGCCUCUCUGCACGCCAGGGGUUGGCACUAUUGCUACUGAUGAUCGCAGGGACCUGUUAUGCAGUCGGUGGCCUUCAAGACUCUGUGAACACUCUUCCAGAGCCCCCUCCAGCAGCUGUUGCCAGCACCAUGGCCCUGCAUAUCACACCCCUGGGACUGCUGCUCCUCAUCCUGUACUGCUUCAUCUCAGGCCUGUCCUCCGUAUACACAGAGCUGCUUAUGAAGCGACAGCGGCUUCCCCUGGCACUGCAGAACAUCUUCCUCUACACUUUUGGUGUGCUCCUGAACCUGGGUCUGCAUGCAGGCAGUGGUCCUGGGCCAGGUCUCCUGGAGGGUUUCUCAGGAUGGGGAGUGCUCGUGGUACUCAGCCAGGCGCUCAAUGGGCUGCUCAUGUCAGCUGUCAUGAAGCAUGGCAGCAGCAUCACACGCCUCUUCGUUGUGUCCUGUUCAUUGGUGGUCAAUGCAGUGCUUUCAGCAGCCCUGCUUCACCUGCAGCUCACAGCCACCUUCUUCCUGGCCACGCUGCUCAUUGGCCUGUCUGUGCGCCUGUACUAUGGCAGCCACUAGCCCCUGACCAUCUCCAGUCAUUUUUUUUACCCUGUACCAUCACUAAAGCCUCCUUCCAGGCCUCUCUUCGGUAGCCCUGUAACAAGUGCCUUGUGAGAAAAGCUGGGAAAUGGAGAGCAGCCAUGUUAGUCCUUGGAGGCAGUGGGUGAAAGGAUAUUCCUGGGAGACAUCAAGGGUGGGUUUGGUUAAGAAGACUUAAACUUUCCCACUAUACUCCCAAGUUCUUCCAGACUAAACCCCAUCUCUGAUGGGGGAGGCUCCAUAUCUUAUCCUGUGUGAACACAGUUAUUCAAAGUAUGGUGUGGGUAAUGGGUGGCUUUUCUUGCCUGGCAGAACCACUACCCCUGGGCAUGGUACUGGCUGCUUCAGCCCAGUCUUGGUACAUGACUUCCCCCAAGGAAUAUUUACUUCCCAGUCAUGCAGGAAGGCUCAGUUGCCACAAAUUCUACAACCAUCACCCAGGCCAUUCUGCCAGCCUUCCCCAUCUCCAGUGGUUCCCUCCCCACAGUGCUGCUUCCCACACCCAGCCUUUGGUCUGGAGACUCCAGAGGGGGCUGGAACUUGACUUGUCUCAGGGAAUGUUGCCCCAGGCCUUGGUUUAAGCCUACACUCCUGAGCCCUCUUAAAACGCUCUGCCACCUCUAAGUAUUUUGGGAGAUACCAUCUUCCCACUGUGGAGCCUGCCCCUGCCUAGUGGUAUCCCAACUCUCAGCUGUCUGGAGAGACUCUGGGCAGUGACCUGGAACCAGGUACAGGAAACUUCUAUAACUCAAUCAGUGUCUCUAAUUGCAUAAGCAAUAAAGUCUUAAUAAAGUAUUCUAGGGUAUAGGUACCUCCUAUAACUGGUCA